GCGCGAAUAGGCUGAAAGACGAACCUCGCGAUCGGGGCCCCCGUACUCUGUGUUCGGAGUCUUGUGAAUUAUCAGCAUUAGCUGCGGUUUCGCUGUUUGGUUCUUACCCCUAGGGCGGGUUACGUUUUAGCGUUGUUUUACUGGUGGUUCGUGUGGAGCCCACAUUCCGGCUGGUGUCCUAAUUGAUCCAAGCGAAGUCCGCGAGUGAGUGGCCCGGUAUCGUUGUUGUGCUUUUUGUGGGUAAAACUCGCGAAAUUGUUUUGUGAACCGAUAGUACCACACCCCGAAUACCAACGUCAGCCGGAGCCAGGGUGGUCCAGGGCAAAUUAAUCAUCUUCGUACGCGACCCGAAACGGGAGCCGCUGAACUGGUUGAACUGGCUGGCUGGUUGGAGUGAUGCGGUGAUGCGGCCGCACGGUCGGUGACCGUAGAACGAGAGGGAAAAUGAUAACGCGAAAAACACUGGAAAAAAGUUCCAUCGAGCGAGCGUGAGCGGCAGUAGCAGAAAACGACCAGUCAUAAUCAUAAUAAAGGGAUUAAGUGCAUUUGUUGUACAAUCGAGGUUGUUUCAGCAGCCGGUGCAGGUGUGAAACGAUUGGCCCAGAGAAGUCGUAGAAAAAUACCGUGGUGCGAAUAUUGUAUUUGUCAGUCUUACCAAAAAAGGUCGUGGGAAAAACCCUCCGAAACAGGUGUGAAUUGGAAAAUGAGCAAGGCAGCGAGAGUGUGAUAGAAUAAAAAGAUAAUUCCUAGAGUUUUGUUUUUUUCUUGGCGGUGGAAAGAGACCGAACAACCGAACGGAUAUAUCUGGUUAGAGAAAAAUCUCGACCAAAAAGGGCACACUUUAACGAGGGUUCUGAGCGGUGAUAAAGUACUGGUUAAGUGUCGCUUGCAAGCAGAACCAGGAGAGUGCUUGCACGGUACAUGCACACAGCCAGUCUUCGUUCAUUCAAGGAUUGGUCAGAGCAAAGAGCGUGUCACUUCAUCGAAACCAUUCGAGGAUAAUUCAAUUACCGCGCGCACUGGAGAAAGGAUUCUCAGUUACAAUGUAUCAGCGAAAAGUGAUACUGUCAUUCAUCUUUACUUUGCAGUAUUUCAAGCUGAUCCGAACGCUGCAACUGACGGAAAUCAUCGUACCGGACGUAGUGGAUGUUCGCGAUACACCGACCCUGUCCUGCAGCUACGAUAUGGGCACACACAAGCUGAACUCGGUCAAGUGGUACAAAGACGAGCGGGAAUUCUUCAGGUACUCACCGAUGAUGGAGCAGAACGUGAUGAUAUUCCCGGUGGACGGCGUGACGGUGGUGCGGAAAUCGCCGGUACAUUUCUGCAAUCGCUUCAUGUGCAGCAUCCAGCUGCAGCAGCUGAACAUCAAGUCGAGCGGUUCGUAUCGAUGCGAGAUUUCCGGCGAUGCACCGGAAUUCAAGCUUGCACACGGUGUCGGCAACAUGAGCGUUGCAGUGCUUCCCCAGUACGACCCAAUCAUCAACGGCUUGCAGCACAACUACGCCUUGGGUGAUUUCGUGGUGGCGAAUUGCUCCUCGGACAUGUCCAGCCCACCGGCGCGGCUAUAUUGGUUCAUCAACGAUCGAAUUGUUCCGUCGGAUUAUCUGCAGCCACAGCAGGAGACUACGAUUGAGAAUGACGGCUUCAUACUGCGCUACCGGACGCUGGAGAUACGGUUUCACAUCGACGAGGACCGGCUUGGGAAAAUUAAGGGCAAGCUGGCACUCAAGUGUCUGGCCCGGAUCGACGCUAUACCGCAGGGCACGCGGGAAUCGACCCAGGUCAUGUACAUACCGAUGACGGACGAGCUGCGAAAUCAGAAGCUCAUUAACUGGCGCAGUGCGGCGCAAUCUCUGCACCACCAUCGGUGUCCUCCGCCGGUUCAGCGGCUGCAUCUGGCUUUGCUAGCGUUGUCUCUACUAGUACUAACGUCUUUCGUCCUGUAAAAGCCAAUCCUGCGCAAGCUACAUGAGGAGAUGAUGAUGCUGAUGCUGUGGUUAAAUUGUGUAUCGUUGUAAUCAUGAAUGAAACGAAGCCAAAAAAAAUGGAAUCUUAAAAUCAAGUAAGUAACAAGAAGCGUGAUAGUGACCUCUACUGAUAAAAAGAAGAAGAAAACAAAACACAAGUAAAAAAAACUAUAGCUGUUAAUUUUGCAAAGCAAUUUUCGUUGAUCCCUGUUUAUAAGUAUAUACCCCAGAACAUCCCAGGAAUGGAACGAGACUUGAAGCUCGUUUACUCGUUACCGUUUUCGUUUUGUCAAUCCGGUAUACAUAUAGUGUAAUCAAAAGUCAGUGUGUGGAGCGUGAGGGGGGAAAUGAAAUGAUGAUUCUUGUAAAUAGCUAGCCUCCCUCCCUCCCCAUCCUGCCUUCGGCAGAAACCUACACCAACAGCAAGAACAACAACAACAACAAAAGAAGCACAGAUUAAGGGACGACCAGUGUCACUGCGUGUGAAUGUGUGUGGCAAGGCUCCUCCCUCAAUCGGGCUUGCGAGUAAGUUGAACCGAUCCUAUUGAGUGUUUAGAAAAAGAGUGUUUAGUGCGGAGAAAAGCGUGCCCUAGAAUGGAGCACAAUAAAAAUGAAAGUAUAGCGCCAUUCCACGGAGGAAAGAUCAAAUGCAGGAGAAAGUUAGAUAGUUUUUAUAAAUAUUUUUGUAACGUUUAGUUAACAGCAUAUUUAUACAGAGCAUGAGAAAAAAAGCAAAACAAAAAAGCGGGAGAAAAAAGUACAAUAGGACACAGAGCCGUCAGCAGCAGUGGUAGCAUCUGCUGCCAGCAGCACCAGCGGCGGCAAGCGUCACACGAAUGAAUAGGGACGUGGCUGAAAUUGGGCCCGCCGUUCUGUGCGAGAAAAAAAAGGCACAAAAGUUAAACAAUUGCAAAUCAAAGCCAAAGGCGUGUACCGGCAGGGUGUCCUUUGGUGACUGCUUCGCCAUGGUCGCCAUAUUAUUAUGAGCAACUAAAAAGAGGAAAAAAACACACGCAAAUUAUGGAUGAUAAUUGAAUGUUGUUAGAAUCCGGCGCAAAAAAAAAACAAGCGAAGAGCACCCUAACGCGAACGACACCGUUUGUGUUUGAGGCUUAGUGGGGGCAACAACAGCGAGCAACCUAAAAGCCAUACCAGUUGAAGUAAAAAACACCUACCCACAUAGUAAGUGAGAAAAAUGUCCAAUCCUGAAAACGAAAACAAUGCGAUGAGAUAUUUUCCAUCAUCACUAUUGCUGCCGCUGUCGUAAUCUAUUUCCCUCGUUUUGGGUUUUACUUUCAUUUAUAUUUCAUUCUUUUUAUUUCCCUAUCCGCUGCGCUAACUUCGCGAUACAGUGUCCUCGUUUUGUUUUUCUAACUACUGUAAGAAUUGCGCCACAGUCAAAUACAGCAGCUUGCCUGUAGCACCGUCAACAACAACAGCAACAGUAAUAACAGCUUCGGUUUGUAGGUGGAAGCUUUUCUUCGAAUGUUGGCCACAUUAUACGACCUACCCUACCGUAACAGCAGCAGCAGCAGCACCAAGGGAAAACAAAUUUCGCGUUGUGUCAACAAUAUUCGUGUAUGUAUAUUAUUUUUAGACUACGGUGGCUACCGGUAUUGCUCGGUUUGAUCCUAUAGCUGUCGUCAUAGCUGUCAGUCGGUAGACAGCGCUCAGUAACUGUGAGCGACAGAACCUUGGUAACUUUUUUAUCCGCGGAAUCCCAAGCUGCUGUCAGCGAAUUUAUGCGCCCCGACUUUUUGUCUUUUGUUUUCAUAACGGUUUCGGAGUAACGUUCGCCACAAAUUGAUCAUCUCUUUUUGCACAUUGGUUGGACUGUUUUUUUCUCAACAAGAUUGAAUUCGUGUCUAACUUAUUCAAGAAAUACGAUUGUGUAGAUAUUUUCUAACGAAUGUUGAAUUCCCACAAUGAUGUCUUCUUGGUUCUCAAUGUUUUUGGUAAACAUAAAUUUUGAACUUUCUCUCCUGCAAAAUCAACAGUCAGUAGUGAAGGUCUCCGAAAGUUUUGCGAAACUCCAACAGCUGGUUGUUUCUUUUUGUUUCAACGUUAGUUGGUAAUUUGACUGAGGAUAGGCUGAAACAAAAAAAAUAGAAAUGGAAGAUUUCCACUUUCCCCAUUGAUAAUAAAACAAGUAAACCGGAAAUCGGCCUUCAAUGUCGUUACGAACCCUAAGAUGGCAACUUCCAGUUUCUGAAAAGCCAAAACCGAUGGAAUAUCGAAAUUUUCGUAGGCAGGCUGACAGCUAGAGGUUGUAAAUAAUGCCUAAAUUUAAAUUGAUAAUAGUUGUGCCGUCAAAUUGUAUACACCGUUUGUAUUAAAAACUGUUUUGAAAACGUUUCUAUAUCAGGGUUAUUGCACUUUCCGAUAUUCUACAUACGAAAUCCCCCACCGUUCUUUCUAUCGAUUAGUAUUGAACUUUAAACGAACAUACAAAGUGGGUUAUUGUGCUAUUUGUGGCGAGUUUCCGCCUUUUGUCCAGUUUGUCCAUUAGCUCUGUAUAAUAAUUCAUCAUAACUGUUCUUUCGUUGUGCAGACGUCUCAUAAAAGGAAAGCCACUAUCAUGGGGUCUAAUAAAAAAGCUAAUCCCCGGAUGAGGGAAAUAUUAUAACUUAUUAACUAUAAUGCUAAUGAAGAGAUACUUGACCAGAGCAAUUUAUAGUUGUGGUUAUUUUUGGUUUUGUCCAAUCGAUGCAAUUGUUUUCCCGUGAGUGUUUUCCGCUUGUGCCAGCACCUGAAAUAAUAUGCCAUUUGCAUCCCAGAAAAUGGAGGUAAUGACGAUAGCAUUAUGACAGCUUUAGUUAAAUUUCGUAGCUUUGUUGCCUCUCCGCAGGUUUUGUAUUGAGCUCGAGCGUUCGGUAAAUGGAUCCACAAAUCAACCAUCAUCACAAAAAGGUCGGAAAAAGUUUACUUGAAUUGUUUUUGCAGUUUUUAAAUAUUUAACUUUCUUUUCUUCGUUUGUUAGUAAGAUACUAAAAAUAGUUUUUCCAAGUAACAUCCCCAUAACAUUUUUCCAACUAGUUUCUUACUCUAAAAACCCAGUUCGUUGGUUUUGUUUGAACAAUUUGGCGUCGAUAGAACAUAAUUGACAAAAUAACCUUGAAAAGUUAUGUCAAUUUGUCCAAUUUCAAAUUCCAAGAUAGCUGAUACGGAGUCCAAACCACGCAUGCAUGUGUUAGUAUGGGACGUACUAACGAGCAAUAAAAUGCUUUCAAGCGAUGGGGGUUCUUGAAAUCAUGUCUAGUUUUUGCGAUAAAACCGAGUGGUUUUGGAAACUAUCACAAAAGUCAGUCUUUGGUCAAAGAUAACGCCAAGAUCGUUUACGUAAUCGACUUUUUUUGGCUGCUGCGUAUGCAAAAACUAUCGGUGAUUGACCCCAGUGAAAUGUAAUCACUGCACAUUUUGCUGUGCUCAGUGUCAAGGCAUUUAAUUUACACCAUGUCACAAAGCAGCCCAGUAGCGACUGAAAACGGUAACAAUCUUCGAUGUUAGGUACGAACUGUCAAAUAAGCUUUUAAAUCAUCAGCGUAAACAAGUUUGUAGCCUAUUCCUAGGGCACUAGCAACGUCGUUUGAAAAAAAAAAUGAAAAGUAGCGGCCCAAGAAAACUGCCCUGCGGUACACCAGAUUUAUUCGUAAAGGAAGCUGAGUCAACAGAACCAAGCCAAACUGGUAACGUUCUAUCACACAAAAAUGAUUUUAAUCACGUGACGAAACGUGGUAAAGCUCCCAAUCGAGAUAUUUCCUUUAGCAUAAUACGAUGGUCGAUACGAUUAUAAGCACUGUUCGAAAGACCCUUUUAGAUCAGUAUAAAUAACAUCAACAUGAGCUAACACGAACAUUCCAAAAACCCGAUGAUUAACAGACCGGUGCCAACGGCUUUAAUUCCUUUUGCGAUGGAAGGAAUGAUCCCAGAGAUUUUUCGCCUCAGAAAAUCUUCUGGUGUCGGCUAGGACUAAAUCUGGACCAGUUGGGUUGAUUGUGAGUGGAUCACUUCACCCCACAACCAUCGACACCUAUGUCGGUGUUGGAAUUCGAACCCAGGCCACGAGCGUUGUUGGCAGUUAUGUAACCAACUACGCUAGGCCCUCCGCCUUAUUCCUCUUUUUUAUCUUGAGUUGAGGAGAUUUACUCUACCCUUAAUUUGCUUUCGAAAGUAUAAGAAUAAGAAAGUUUUUACGAGUGAUUUUUUUUGCGUCGAUUUGAUUAUUUACGGAGUUAUUUUUCAUGCAAAUGUUGGGAUUUACGUUGUUCCUACAACAAUGUUUUCACUGACCUUUCUGUAACUUUUUUUAGGAUUGGUACUUGAUGCCUGGUAUAGAGUUGAGAGGUAAAUUCCGAAGAAGAUGAGCCCCUCAAAAGUAAAGCAAACACGCUGAGCUUUUAGGUUCAGCGUUGCAAAAGCGCCAAUUGUCUGUUGGAACUUUGCCAAUUUUCUUCCUAUGAUAAAGAGCAUAACAGUGUCCAGUGUGGAGUCCGGUGAUGAUGCGGAGAUCACUACGAGUGUAACUAAGUAGCCAUUUGGUAACCGCAUGGUUGGUGUAGAUAAACUGUUCAGCUUGCCUGGAACCCUGCGCAUGUUGCCAAUGAGAUGCCAUUUCUAGCUUUUCCCAUGUACUUAGCUCGCCUUUAAUGGCGGAUAUGGAGGUACCCAGAAACGGUUCAGGUCAUGUCCAUUUUCUCAGAUUCCGCAGUGACUGGGUACCCAAAGUAGUAUUACUUUGUUGAGCACUCCCAGACUAGUGUAGACCCACCCCUAAAAACGAAGGUCACUUCUUCUAAUAACUAUUGAGACUUUUUCAUUAAGCAGACAAUGUGUGCAGCAGGGAAAGCGAAAAAUAAGCGAACUGGAAAUACGAUACAGAUUUGGAAAAAUAUACCGCAUCCCGACGGGACUUGAGCCCGCAAUCUUCCUGUCUCCGGCAUGGUGUCGUUUUCCCUGCUGCACACAUUGUUUGCUUAAUGAACUUGAAUGUUAACGGGUAAAAGCCGUCGUUAAAAUAGAAAUUUUAUUCGAAAAAUAUUGAGACUUUCUGUGAGCAUUUCAUUCAAUUUGACUAACCUUACCAAACAGUCUAAAGUCGUGGUGUGCCUUUUGAUGUAUGUAAGAAUCGUCUUCACUCAACUCGGUCCAUGUCUGCUUGUCGCUAGCUUGGCAGUUUGCGUAGAGUCCGUAUGUUUUCUUUCACCUGAUCGAUUUAAUUUGCUAUCGUCCAACAUUUUUACGACGAGACCAGCCUAUCGUAACCUUCUAAUCUUAGUGGUGUGGACGAUAGAUUGCUCAUUCAUUCGCAUUUUCCACGCUGUCGAAUAAACUCAGUCUUCAAAUGAAAUAUAUGGUCAAAUACAAAAACGGUAUCUCGAAUUAAAGAUAUAUUAUAAUUCAGGCCAAUACAAAUAUCAUUAUCAUUUUAUGUCACUACCCCCCCCCCCCCCCCUCCCCUUCAAAAUAUUGAAUAUUGGAAGGAAAAGAAAAAAAGCUCAAACCGUUUUGUUAAUAUUAUUGACUUUUCGACAACGUAUAUGCUAAAUUUAGAAACAAACGUGUCCAGUGACAGUGAAAGUGUCAUCAAAAGGCAACCCAAAUGAUUAAUAAUGAUAAUAAUGAGUUUUUUUUUCAACACACUUUGGCAUGCAAGUUACAAACGUCGUAACUUGCACACAAUUUUUUAUGAAAGUUAUUCCUUUUUUUUCUUCUCCGUGUUAUUUAUUUUUUGCCCUCCCCUUAGCUAACUUUGAUAACUCUGGACAUAAAAACUCUUCAAUAUUUGUAUCAGCCUUAUUUACUCAAUAAUAAAGAGAUACUGUACAAAAAGUUCACUAGUUUUAGUCCUUUUUCGAUUUGUCCAAUUGAAAUUAUUAUUUUAUUAUUAUAAUUAUGAAGAAAUAAUAUACCAUGCGCAUCCUGAAAACUGAGGAUAUAACGUUGGCUUUUUUGCAGGUUUGGAUCGUCACAAAAUGGUCGAAAGACUAUCACUGAAAUUGCUGAUUUAGAUUACACAUCAACAGGUCGCAAAUCACCUAGUUCAUUGUUCUUCCUGCCAUGGUCGAUUUUUUUUUGGCAAAGCAAGACUUGAAGAUCAUUGAAUUUUGAAAUCUAUUUUUUAUGAAAUUCAACAUCGAACAUUUUUUUUUGUUACAAUAAUGGCUAUGUCUUGCAAGUUAUUUGAACUAGUCUCACGUUGGUCAUGUGUCAUAAGACUGCAAAAGCUAUAAUUUGAUUUUUUUAAUUAAAAAUACCUUUGUUUGGCUUUACUGGUAGAACGGUAAAUCGUAAUAUGUAAUAUGUUUUCUGGUGCACAUAUAUAUAUCUGCAUUAAUGUUGAAGAAUUUUUCGAACUAAAUUACUAUUUUUAACAACGGCUUUUACCCGUUAACAGGCAAGUUCAUUAAGCAGACAGUAUGUGAAGUAGAGAAAGCGAAAAAUAAGCGAACUAGAAAUAUAAUACAGAUUUGGAAAAAUAAUGUACCGUUCGCUUAUUUUUCGCGUUCCCUACUUCACAUACUGUCUGCCUAAGGGGUUAUAUACCUUUUUGGUCGAGAAAAAUGAGGAAAGUUUGAAUUUAUUUUUAAGUGUAUAGCACCAUUUUCAUUGCAUCAAAGUGGUAUUUUUCUGAAAGUACAGUUUAUCAAAAACAAGAAAAUACGUUUGAUUUUGAGAUAUACCAAUUAUUACUGGAGUAAUGGCCGUUUCCCCGGAACGCUAUUUUUUUUGCAGAGGCUUGCGGUGGUCCUGAUAGAGACUCAGCGGAUCAACCGAAAUAAAAAAAAUCAUAUUAUUUCAUUAGUUUAGGAGUGUACCGGGUCCUUGAACGAUCGCUUUUAUGAGAAUUUUGUUUUCAGUGCAAACGGGAUCGUUUUUCCCAAAAAAUGCACGUUUUGAGCGCAAAAAAUUGCAAUAAAAUUUUUUUUGCGGCAAAAUGUAACUGUAUGUUUCAAAAAGCGACCAAGGACCGGCGAAUUUUAUAACGAAAAUUGAAAAAAAAAGAUGAAGAAAAUCGGUUCAGUAGUUUUUCCGCAAUCAGGAUCACGGCGAAGUCAUUUUCCGGAAAAAAAACUAUUCCGAGAUAAUCGCGUGUAGAGUUUCAAGUUUAGCUUAUGCGGCCGUGGCGAGGCGCGUCGCAAAUCGCUCUAACUUUCUUCCUAUUGCUCAGAUCUUUAUGAAAAUUUGUGGAAAUGUUCUCAAGAUGUUGUGUUUGAAGAUAAUGUAAUAAAUUUUUUCCGGUUUUUUUUUUAAACUAAAAAGGUAUAUAACCCCUUAAUGAACAAUGUUGAAGAAGUUUGCAGAACGAUUUCAUGCCAAAUUAGGAGUAAAAAUUACACCUUUGAAUAAAAAAACGGAUUUGUUGAUAUUUCUAAUUGAUCAAUUAGGUCAAAUGUGAAAACUGAUUAUUUUUAAUGAUUAUAGUUAAUAGUUUCUUAAGGGGGGACCCUACUCUAGAAUGUCGAAAAAUCAUGAAUUUUCAUAUUUUUUUUUGGCUGUCUAGAGUAAAGUGAAGUGUUUGGCUAUUUUGGCUAUUGAUUAAGGUAUAUUUGAAGAUGUAUUUUCCAUGUCGUGAAUGUAAAUAUAGUGAGUAUUACACUGUUGGCUGCUGGGAACGUGGAUGCUCUCUAAAUCAGUACCUAACUGGUGGUAAGUUUUUCUUAGCUUCUAGUAGACCGAUCGGGCUGAAUUUUUUAUUCAGUAUAUAGAAACAUUUUAUCUAUCUUGUUACGUAGCCGUUUUUGAAAAUUCCAGAAAUUGCCAAAAUGGCGGCCAUUUUAGUAAAAAAAUGGUUUUUUUAAAUGAAAAAUCACUAUUUAAAAAUCAUAAAACAUUGAAAAACUCAGAUAUCAAGAAACGGCUACGUAACAAGUUAGAUAAUCCAUUUUUACAUGUUAAAAAAAAUUCAGCAAAAUCGGUUCAGUAGAUGCUGAGAAAAACUUACCACCAGUUGAAAAACAUGGUUUCGAGAAAAACACUGCCAAUAGCGUAAUACUCACUAUAUUUGCACCCACGGUACACAAAAUACAUCUUCAAAUAUACCUGAAUCCAUAGCCGAAAUGCCCGAACACCUCACCUUUCUCUAAACAACCGAAAAAAAUAUCACGAAAAUUCAUUAUUUUUCAACUUUCCAGAGUAUGGUCCCCCCUUAAUGUAUUUACUGAGAUUAGUAGAUGAUUUUUCACGCGCGUUGUAAGUAGCAUACCGCGGUGUUUCCAAGAAAGAUACUCAUCGUUCGUACGUUUUCGUAAUAAGCGAGCUUCGCGCGCAUUCCAUCAAUUACCACGGUUACAUAAAAACACAAACUUUCCUUUCCCCCGCAGUCGCGUCGAUGCAGAUAUAAACUUGGUCUGGCCGUUUGGUCGAAGAUCGCCCCCAUUGCUUUUACAAAAUUCACGCCUGUGCAUUCGUUAUCUAUAGGGUGCUCGAGAAUAGCAGUAAACAAAUAUUUAAACAUUUGGAUGCUUCUGGUAGUGAACAGCAUUCGCGCGCUGCUCGUAUAGGCCUGCGGGGUCUGACAAAAAAGAUACUUAUCGUUCGUCUUCGCAAUGAGUUAACUUCGCGUGCAACCUUGUCCGGCUCAGUCACAUACCACGGUGACAUACUCUUCCUUCCCGUUGCAGUCGUGGAGAUGCGGAGGUAAACUCGGUCUCCUACCACAACGACUUUUACAUCGCUUUCCUUAUAACAUCCUUCCUCACUCUAAACGUGGCCGGUGCCGUUAUCGAUCCACUGAAUUGUUGUACACUGAAGAUGGCAAACUAUUCCCAAGUAGCCAUAUACGGGGUUCCUUGUGCAACUUCACUAGCUCAGAUCGAUCACGGAGGAGAAACUACGAAAUGUGCGGUCGUUCAAGCUCGAGAGUUUUUUAAUGUAUUUACUGGAUACUGCUUAAUGUGUUGUUCGGGCUACUCCGCAUAUCAUCUGAUAUCGCCAGAUGAUAUCGGAUAUCACUUUGAGUGUUCACGCUAUAGUGAGGUGAUAUGGUUUGACAUUUGCUCAUUUGAUUUGGUAAUUAAAAAAAAAAGAAAUCAAAAGUACGUUAAAACAAAAACAUUACACAACAUUAUGACAGCUGAUUCGGGGCUACGAAGUUAAAAGUGAUAGUGUUUUGCGGUGUGAUAUGAACGGGGUAUAAAAAAGUUGAAAAGUUUUAUAGCGCUUCACUUCCUAUUCCUCGUUCAUUAGUAGGAUACUGAAAAUAAUCUUCUCAUGUAACAUCUCCAUGGCUAAUUCUUACAGGAUUUUUACGCCAAAAUAAUGUACAUAUUUGCAGGGAAGAAAUUGCUGAUCAUUUAAUGACAGCAACCAGGUAAUGAUGGAAAUUGUUCAUUUGAGUUGAAUUUUUUUGGGAUUCAGUUCAAUUCAAUGAUUUUCCACGACAUCUUAUACUACCUUCACAAUAUUGACGUAGAACUACGUCUUUGAGGAAAAUAUUGGGGUGGGGUAGGGGUGUAAAAAGACAGUUUAAUGUCGAAUUCGUUUUUACGGCAGGACUAUAUCGUCCCGGACUUCAUUUUGCAGUUGAAAAAAAAAAAAACAUCUUUCGAGCAGAUGCAAUGGUGUGCGUAAUACCAGAGGUAGCUGUCACUUUUGUUUUGGUCAUUAUCGCCAUUGUCUUUUGAUUGCGCUUGUGCUACUGUAAUUUACUGAAAAAUGACAAAAUAACAAAAUCAAAUAAAUAAAAUCCAACCUGAUGUUUGACACGCGAAGAACGAUAAUCGAGGCAAACCGAUUUUGACAAAAAAAUUUUUAUUUUGACACAUACGUAUGAAUGGGUUGGUGUCUUCAUAAUUGCACUCUGUUUCUUUCGCGGACUGUCCGGGACAGAAAAAGGGUAGUCCGGGAUAGUCCGGAAAAUGAAAAAAAAAAAAAACAGCUUUAGGACAAAGAGUAGUCCGCGGAGUAGCCACACCACAAAAACGAAAACGACGUAAUAUCGAAACAUGCAACGAAACUUGUCCAAUUUCAAAUGCUUAUAAGUCAGUUAGUUUUCAACGGAAUUCCUUCGUUCUUGCAGCAAGCGAUUGGAAAAUGAACUACGCAUUCGCCAAAAUGUAGAAAAUUGUAACUUGAUUAUGCCAAAUAUUGUACUUAUUUUACUUUGUUGGCUAGGGCUGAACGAAUUAGAGAUGUCCAGCUUCUUUAGUCUGGGGAGCCGUUCUCCAGUCUCCUCGUAGACCAGCAGAUCGUCCAUUUUCUUUAACCGCGCACAUAUUUUCCUGAUUCUUUACUGAAGAUAGUUUUGGCGGUUUGCCCGUCAGGCAUUCUGGCUACAUGUCCAGCUCACUGAAGCCUGCCCCGCUGUAUUACCUUCACUAUAUCAGCAUGUUCGUACACCUGGUACAACUCGUGAUUCAUGCGUCUGCGCCACACUCCAUCUUCCAAUUUACCGCCAAGUAUUGACCGCAGAACUAUACACUCAAAAACUCCGAGCACUCGUCGAUCAGCUUCCUUCAGCGUCCAUGCUUCAUGUUCGUAAAGGGCCACUGGGAGUAUCAGUGCUUGUUUUGAGCGACUUUGCAAACUACGGGACCUUAGCUGGUUCCCUAGUCCGUAGCUUCAACAGGACUUGUCGCCAACAAAGGAUUCCGUCAAUGGUCUCAAUCUGAAAAACAGGACUUCAUAUGCGGAGUUGAGCAACGUCAUGCCUCGAUAGCUGCAACAAUCUAAUCGAUGAUCAUUCUUAUAGAUAGGGCAUAUGAGGCCUUCCAACCAGUCGUUCGUAUUUGUUCAUCCGCCCAGAUCCUUAGUAUUAUCUGGUGAAUCGCAUAGUAUAGCCGCUCGCUUCCCGCUUUUAGAAGUUCGGCCGGGAUACCGAAUAUAUUUUACUAAGGCAUUUUUAGAAAUUGAUGAUGUUGAUCUUCGGUGAGAUGUAGAGAAAAAAAAAAAAUCCAGUUACAACUCUAUAUAAUUCUUCUACGCUUUAAUUGCCAAAUUUAAUUUUAUAGUUUUUUGUUUAGUCUAUACCGAUCUGAUCAAAUAGAGAGUAAUUCCAAUCAAGUUGCACGAAGUAGUAAUUCUGGAUUUUUCCCCAGCUUUUAGUACAAUUCGAUAAUCGUUUCUUAAAGGAUGUUUCUCUGUGAUGCCACAAAACUAUUGGACAAACUGCUGCUCAGUUUGUCCAAUAGAAGCAGCAUAAUACUCUCCGCAAUUUUGUUCUCUUAUGCUAAGAUUUGAAGAACUAAUAUGCCGUGCACAUCCACAAAAUGGAGGGUUUACGUUAAAAAAGCGCAUACUUCUACACGGUAUGUAUGUUUCGCUUUAAAAAAUUUAAAGUGUGAUGAAGUAAAACUAUUGAGUUCAGUCGAAAUGGAAAAAAAAAACACAACAAUAAAUAAUAAAAAUAAAAUAAAACAUAAUUGUCUAUCUUGAAUAUUUUUUAUAAAAAAAUCUGAGAUGACCGAUUUUUAAAAUCACAUUUGGUAUUGAUGAUUGAAUUUUUUUCAGUGUAGCGUCUCGAAUUCAAUUUUGUUAAAAUUUUUAAAGGAAACUUCAGAUAAUUCUCCAGAAGUCGUUUUUCUGACAAUUUUCUCUAUCUAUUUCUAUUCGGAUAUGUCGAUUCAUUUAAAACAACCUCAGCCUUUUUCAAAUGGUAGUACAGAUAAAUUUGAAAAGAAAUGCAAUGUUGCUUGAGGUUGUAAAGCCUACACACUCACAAAGUCUUAUCGAAUUUUGGGAAGGGGGGUCUCAACAGAUUGAGGGAUAAAAAAUCUAUGAUCGAUAUGUUAUUUUUGUGCAAAUAAACAUAUUCCAUUUUCUCCUUUCAUGAAGCAAAUUAAUGUUUUUCUUUUCACAAAAUGGUUUCCGGUAUACAUCUGAGAUAAAUUUUUACUAGCUACUAUUUUUUUAAAAUAUUUUUCCGGUGUUUCGUUGCGUUGGACAAACAUCGUUACUGGAUAAUAUUGUUCCGAAGCUGAUACUUUCCUAUACAGAUAAUUAAUGAAUUAAACCCUGCAAACUAUUCAUUAGACUCAGGCUUUCAGUAGGACCCAUUUUCUAUAUCAUUGUAUUAAAAAAGAUUUUUUUUUAAGUAUUUCUUAGAAUGAAACAUUUCUUCACAAAACAAUAAAUUCUGAUAUUACAGUUUUUUUUUGUUCAAUUUGAAGUCCCGGUUGAAAAACAUUAAAUUCACUAGUCUCACGGUGACCAUGUGCCAAGAAACUUCAAUGGCUACCAUUGGAUGGAGCUGUUCACCACCGCUACUUCCGUUUCGCUCCACUGGUAGAUUUUUUGUUACUGAUACAUAUAGGCAUGGCACUAUUAUCGAAGAAAGUAACUGAACAAUUUCCACUUUUGUUACUUUUGUUUUGGCAGCAGAAGAUGUAAAACUGCAUAACUUCGACCGCACCACGUGCAUCCGCUCGGGCUUCGUUUCGUUGUGUCACCAAGGCACGGAGGAUGCCAUCCGAGGUUGCAUCUUGCAUUCCUACGCCGGUACCUGAGCGUGCUGCCUUGGGUUUUCUCGGUUUCCAAGGCGUACGCUAGCACAUCUAGCGCUGGAUCCAGUAGGGCACAGAAGAGAAUUACUGCAUAUUUAAUGCCAACAAAAGUCAAAGCUCAUGUGUUCCAGUGACUGCGUUAUGCAUGAGUUAUGGGUUUCACAUGAAUUGUUAUUCUUGCAAGAUACAGACACGAUUUUGCUGUUGCUGCUGCUGCCGGUUUGCACGUUUUCCUUCUCGUUUGGUUGGGCUUGUUUACGCUGGGAUGAAAGUGAAUAAAUAUACCGCGACGUGAGCCCUGACACGAGAUUCAAUCGUUGGGGUUUUGCCUAGUUUCCACUGAAUCAGCGUAGCGCGGAAAUCGUGCCAAACCAAGCAGAAAUGGUGUUCAGUGAUGCUCCUGCUGCUGUUGCUGUUGUUGUUGAUGAGAGAUUACUCACGAGUGGAAUCCUGUCGACAUCCUAGUACCGGGAAGAAACCGCUAUUGACUCAUUACACUGACGAUGGACAACGGUGGAAGGGACGGUAGUUGUCAUCACAUAUACAAUGACGAGAUGAAGAUAAAAAAGAGGCCUUAUAAUUUGUACAUUUAGUGUGAAAUUAACACAUACAUAAAGAAAACAGAUGGUGUGAAAUGCCAGCGGAAUCUAGUCCGUUAAAUGAGAAGACAUUCCCAUUGGAAGAAGUAAAGCACUAAGAUUAGUCAAAACCUUCAGCCAAAAUAAAGUUAAACCCCCUUUAACCGUAAAGAUGUAUGUAUAUCAGAAAUCCACUAAGCCAGGGAUUGUGGAAGUUUAGUUGUUUUUUAUCAGAAACAGCACAGCUGAAUGCAAGGAAAAAAAAAACAGUCAAAUUAAGCGCGAUGAUGUGUAUUACUCUAGGCACUAAGCAUUUUCUCUUCCCACGAUUUUGUCACAAUUACAACUUGCGUGAGUUGGAAAUAAUAAACAAAAAAAAAUCACGUAACGAUGUAACCAAAGCAAUGCUAAUUCAUUUCAAGCAACAGCCGGCUGAAAACUAGCGCUAAAUGAAUCGUCCGAUAAGGGUUCUUGAAUUACGAUUCAUCGAAAACUAAUUAAAAAAAAAAUCAAACAAACAAACAAACACACAGUUCAUGCACGGGAUAAUUUUUGUAAGAUAAGAAAGUAACCUAAAUUUAAACACAGUAUGAAGAAAAAAACUAAACGCUAUAUCAAGUAUAGGAGUAACACACAGACACACACAAAAAAAAAAACAAAAACCUGCUACUUUAAAAAUUACGAAACUAAAUGUAAACUAGGCUCUAAGGAAAUUGAAACGCUGAAACAAAAAAAAAUUGUAUCCUCGGUCGUUUGUUUCGAAUUUUUUACGAUUGUGUUCUUUUUUUUUACUCCGGUUCGCGUGCCACAAUCGAACUGAACAAAACAAUGAAACCAACCAAAGAAAAUGCAACUGAGCGAUAGAGAGAGAGAUACUGGCGGUUGCAAUACGCCAACCGUAAAUAACGUUGACAUUGAAAAAUGAAUACUCGCGAGCAGCCAACCCGCAGGCGGCGGCGGUGCCAACGAUGAAUGGCGGUUGCAGAAGAGAUGGCAACAGUAACAAAAAAAAAAAACAACAAAAAAAAACGCUAACAAUUAAAUUAACUGUAAAAGUAAUUAAACAUAUCAGAAAGCAAAAAUAAUACUGUGCAUAAUUGAUAGGUUCGAUGAAAUCCAAUUAGGUUCGUUCGAUCGUCCGGACGGGCGAGAGUGACUGUGCGCCAGCAGCCUUCGCCCAUCCAAAAACGGUGCCACGGGGUUAGCUGUGUGUGGCGGGGUAAGAGGUGGACACAUUGCACAUUGUUUGUUUUGGCUGAUGGUUUACUGUACCGAAUGUGUAUCUCUGCUUUUGUGUGCAUUAGCGGAGAAAUGUAUGACAUUUACUUUUCCGCUUGGCAGCGUGCGGCGAAGGUUGCCUUGGUGGAUGUGAGUGUGGGUAUGUGUGGGAGUAAACCUCGCUGAUGUCAUUUAAGUACCAGAUUUAUUAUCAUUUAUUUUCCGAUUGUCAUUGUCAGAGUCGGUGUGAGAUGUGUUUCGGGCAAUACUUUGACUGUCAGGAGCGAAAUUAAUAAAGAAUUGUUACCUUUGUUGGCAGCGUGAUUUUUGGGGUUGCAAUGACGGUGGAAUUUUAUUAACUGUCAAUAUCAAUCGUAACGCGGACGGUUUUCCGUUCAGCUGUUGCUGAAUUGUGCUGCAUUGGAUUCCAUGAGAAAAUGCGGGAAUGAAUUUUUGCUAAAUUAUGUACCAUUGGAUUUCAUGAGAAAAAGAAUUCUAAAGUACCACAAGGAAGUAAGUUGGGAGUGUUUUCGCUUCUCUUAAAAAUUUGAUUGUUAUUAUUUCUCGUUGUUUUUGGUCUCAGACCAGUUUCAUUUUGAUGUUUUUCUAGCUUUUAGAAGAGUUUUCCGGUAAAUUCAAGCCUAUAAGAUAUUUUUUUUUUUUUCUUAGCAUUUUUCGAGUUUUUGAUCGUCAAAAUUGGUUUUCAAUAAUUCAGCGAUUGAUUUUUAUCCUUGUCUUGGGUGGUUCCUUCUGGCCUUAAUUUUUUUUUGGUUCUGAGCUAACUUGGAGUUGUUUUGUUGACCAAUAUAUUUUCGGUGAUUUCAACAUGUAAAAACUUUAUCUUCUCUAGUUUUUAGUGAGAUUUUUGUGAUUCUGAGUGCAGCUGAAUAUGAGAACACUAUGAUCUUACAAUUUCGGCUAUUUUUUCCUUAUUUACAUUUUUAACUGACUAAUUUUGAAAUGUGAAGCGUACCCUGGUUAUUCUAGUAACUUUUUUUUCUGAUCCUGACAAGCAGUUUGAGUUGCUUAUUUUUCUAGCUCAUUUACGCUGGCUUGACGGAGUAGCGUUUACAAUAUAUUUUAUUUUUACGGAAUAAAAUCAAACUUGUUAGAAAGAGUCAUCGUUACACCCGAUUUACUGGAGUUAGUAGUGGUUUUAAAAUUUUCUGAUUGGGGGUUGUUGGGUUGGGAGGUUGAGUUUUUUUGUAUGAUUAAGUAAUUAUUAACCCUCUAGUGCCCAAUGCCGCCUUUUGGUGGGCUUCAGUCAAAACGUUUAUUUUAGAGUUUAGUAUCAACAUUUUUCAGGAAACAGUAUAGCUCUGACAUAUACUGGAGAUCAUCACAUCCUAGAAUGUCUCUAACGGGUACAUUAUAAAUUUUACUGCGAAUAAAGUUUUUUUGGUAUAGAUUGAAUAAUUGGAGCUCAAUUUCGAAUUCUAUUCUUUAGGUUUUAGCAACCUCAAAAAAUCCUAUUUCGACGAAUCUCAGCUUGAUUGUGAUUUUUAUUACGUUUUUAUAAGCUUUUUCGUUUAUUCUCCAUUUUAUUUCUUAAUAUUUUUCUACAACUUUUUCAGACUAAUGCUACAAUACAAUACUAGAAACCUAUCGCUAUUAUUCUGUUCAAUAAACUUUAGAUACUUGCAUUGACGGUUUGCCAUUUCAUUUCUAACUAUUUUUUGCUAUUUUCAUCUUUUUCAAUUUGUUAUAUCUUUAAGAAAGGGUUCUGAAGGUCCAGAAGUCUUCGUUUAGUAGUGUGGCAUGCUAUGGAAAGUGUUACGAAAAUGUUCCUUCUUAAAAAGCAUAUAAUGUUACUUUCUGUUUGCGAUGUUUAUUAUAAAUCCAUGUUGUAAGUGGCUCCACCUUUUUUUCAAAUUACGUCAUUUUUCCAGUUCCGCAAAACCAUAAUUUUAUAAUAUAUAUUAUAUAUUGAUGUUGUCGAUACACCGAUGUUGCCAUAGCUUAUUCGCAGGACAGUUAGGUGGUAUGGAUCUGGGAUCACGUAGUUAAGAUAGCAGGAGUCCAGUGUUGCAAAAUUUCGAAACUGAAAAAUGAAAAUGAUACAAAACUGAUUUCAAACUAAUAUUGAGUGUCACCCGAGUCAAUUAUCAGUGGAAAUCAUGUCAGUGACAUAAAUGAUAUGUCCUAUUUAUUACCGUAAUUAUUUGAUCUGAUCCAAUCCAUUGCAUGAAGUUAAUGAAGUAGGUAGGUAUCUUUAUCCUCCAUCGCAUAAACAUCGCUAAAGUAACACAGCGAGUGUGAAAUCACCGUAAUACUGCCAGUCAGCAUUAUCACGGUCAAGUUAUGAAACUGAAAGUAACUAUCACUGUCAGCUCGUUCGUGUUGAAUGUGAUAUUCGCAGUUUUCAGUUUCUACUGAGAAUCUAUCACUGACAGUGAAAAUUUGCAACACUGCUCACGAUAAAUUGAAGAUGAUAAUGUGAGUUCUAAAACCGUUGAAUUGUUUGAUCUCCGGCUUCCGCCAGUCAUAUACUUGUAUUUGUUACUUUAAAGAUGGCCUCGAUAUCAGAGUAGCCCAAGUGGAGGAAACAUAGACCAUGCUGAGCUUGACCAUGCAGUACGGUAGCAGAAUCCCAUGUGCAGCUUUACUUACCUUGCCAGUCAGCUCCAGGCCGAAGUGUCCCUUGCUGUUCGAAGAAGUCGUCUCCAUUCAACUCGGUCCAUGAUCCAUCUUCAAUCUGCACUCCACCACAGAUGUUACUCAACACCUUCCGGUCGAAAACCCCAAAACAGCAACGGGCCUAAAUUGCUCCCCUGUGAAACACUAACAGUUAAAUUACAUAGGGCACUUUUAGCUCCAUUGAUCUCCACGUACUGCGUUCGGCCAGAAAGAUAGCUACCAAUCAAUCGAUUGGCAACACCUCUAAUUCCAGAGUACUCAAGCAUCUGAAGUAAGAUGCUGUUAGGGUGUGCAUGGAUAAAAAGCCCCCCGGGAUAUAACGCUCCAGUCCAUUUAUUCGGAAACAUGCAAAAAAAAAGCUAUGAGACUAUUGGAAAUUCCUCGCAAUUCAUGGGACCAAACUUCUGGGCAAGUUUGAUAGUUUGAUAGUAGCAGCAAAAUAUAAACAAAAAUAAAUUUUGAUUUGAGCUGCUUCUUCACUAGUUUAUAAAGUUUAUUCACUGGUAUUUGCAUGAAUCUAAAGCAGCUGUAUCAAGUAAAGGAUCGGUAUGAAUUGUAUAACUUGCUUGAAUAUUUAAUGAUUUCUGCUACACUGCACCUCCGAGCGAUAUGUUCCAUUGCUUUAGCGUUUACUUUUGAUUGAAAUCGAAUUAGUUUUGUAUAUUCCGUAGUUUUUGUAGAGCAUUGUCGAGUUGUGGUUGGGCAUUCAACUAUUGUGCGAAUUUCGAUCAAAGUUGCAAUUUGAAAAAAAAAAAACUUGAUCUGAAAAUGACUGAUUGAUGCAAUUACAAAUCUCAUUUAGACCGCGUACGUUGUCCGCACUGACAACAUACCAUCCUUUGUCUUCUGUGGUUCUAGUUUUAAUGAGAUUUAAGCCAAAAUAUCAUUUCAAUUCGCGAUGUUUGGUUUAAACCCAAGUUGUAAAUGGCUUCGCCUUUUUUCAUGUUAUGUCAUUUUUUCAAUUAAACACGACGCAAAGAGCUUUUAUUUCGUAUGAAUUAGUAAUGUACUAAAAAUGAAUCUAAUUUUGUGUUGGCAUACUUUGCUUAGAUGUUUGUAUGGGCAACAGAUGCCAUUUUGUGCUGUUGGUUUAAUAUUUUGGAACACGACUCAUUUUUGGGAUGCUAUUUUGGGAAGGUAUUGACGAUUACAAACAUUUUUAGAGCCAAAACGGUUUGUUUAAUCGGUAUGACGUCUUUGGAAAAGUUGUAUAGAACAAUUUUGUCUUUCCAAAAAAAUGAACUCUAGAAAAUAAUUUUAUUUUAAAAAAAAUAGAAGAAAAUUUAAAAAUUGAUUGUCUUAUCCGAGACAUGCGCUCAUGUUUUUGAAAAUUUGCUUUUUUUUUAAACUAUAAAAGAUUCAUUAAGCAGACAGUAUGUGAGUAGAGAAAGAACGAAAAAUAAGCGAACUGGAAAUAUGAUACAGAUUUGGAAAAAUAUACCGCAUCCCGACGGGACUUGAACCCGCAAUCUCCCUGUCUCCGGCAUGGUGUUUUAAACUAAUUAAACUACGGGGGACGGUGGUACUGUUCCACAAAAUAAAUAAAAGAUUACCUAAACAAUGAAACCGGUCCGGUUGUAGAGAAAUCAAUAAAUAGCAUUUUUAAAAAGCAUGGCUGUUCUUCAUCUCAACAUGUGUAAAGAGUAGAGUGAAUAUUCACCGCUCUCUUUUUGUUCUGAGAGCUGCAUAUAGCAACUUUUUGCAUCAUAUUUUUCCAUUCUGCUUGGUGCUAUGUUUUUGCCGCUCACAGAAAAAUAAAUGAAAAGCAAACAACGCAAUCUAUUUUUUUUACCUAGAUGCUCCCCUCAUUUGCGAUAUGCUUAAGAGACACACAGUUAAAGCACUGCAGUGAGCUCUGUUGUGUAGCAAGUGCGUCGCUUUGUAGAAGCAGUAUUUUAGCAGUGAAUGAUAUUCUCCUACACGUCAGUGAUUCUCUGAGGAGUAAUGACAAGCCUGUGAAAGGAUACAGCUUUCUAACCAUUCCUGUGAAAAUUGCUGCCCAUAACAAGCUCGGAAGUACGUCAAAAGGUGGUUAGAAAGCUAUAAUAUUUCAUUUUUUACCAGUUUGAGCUUUAUGGCAAAUUGUUGUUUUUUCGAUGAUGAUAAUAUCAUCCACUAAUUGUUCCCUAAGUUGCAAAAAUCUCAUUAUAGAUGAUGUUAUUUGGCGAGAUGAUAUUAUUUUGAGGGCACUAUUUCUUCGAUUUAUUUGGUCUUUUAUUUUUUUCAAGGUGGUUCUGAAUUUUGAAUUUGCAUUUGAAAGAGGAGUUUUGGUUAGACUUGUGUGUUCUGUUUUCGGUUUCUCGGUGUUUUUCAACUCAGUUCUAAAUACACCUUCUUGGCUUUUACUGACAACUAUUUAAGAAAUAAUUUAAAUAAACGUUUUAGGCUUAAUUUUGAACCAUUUUUGUAAAACUCGUGAUUAUUUUACGUUAUCUUAUUCCGAUGAUUUUUUUGUUUAUUCUAAUUUUUCAUCUGUAACUUUUUCUGCUCUUUAACUUUUUCAUACGUUCAUUAACUCCCAAGCAACAUUACCUGUUUUAGAGCGUAUUGCAAAUAAGUUUUAAAAAAGUCUCCAAGAAUAUCACAAAACCCAAAUCGCUACUUGGAUUAUAAUACAAUUCAAUUUGGUUUAUCGAUUAGAGGCGGUUUUUCUGGUAAAACUCAUUUAAAAUCUGGCAUUUUUUGUUUUUUAUUUGGUGUCUAAUUUGUGAAAGUCUUCGUUUUUAUCUCUCAUGAUCCAUGUUUUUCGGACCAUUUGAUCUUAAUGAGAAAUCACUGUUUAUUUUCUUGGUUUUUCAAAGAAGUGGCUUCAGAAAGUUUUAUCAAAAAUUCUGAACUAAUUUGUGAUCAUAUUUCGAAUUCUGUAGUUUUGCCAUUUCGGCACGUUUAUGCUGUGGACAGUGGUACGAAAGCUCAAAAUCGUGAACUUUUCCAUUCACUCUUCAAAUACUGGUUUCAUUGUAAUACAGUAAUCACCCGAUUAUAUCUGUACCCGAUUUUAUCUGCCCCCGAUUUUAUCACAUUUUUCACCCGAUUUUAUCAUUGAACAUUUCAUUAAAAAAUGUCAGAGUGAACUGAUUUUCUAAUACGCUUCAAAAUUCAAGAUAUUUUUCAUAAUUCUGUGUAUCAUUCUGGAUGUAGUUUACAUUGAAAAUUCAACCGAUGCACAAUGUUACAUUUUGCUGUUACCGUGCGAGUAAUUGAAUAGUGAAAUAAAUGUUUAUUAUAACCGUAUAAUAUGUUCGGAGAAGUUUCAAAAUAUUUGAAAACGCAUCUUUUGAUGUAGAAAGCUGGGUGAUCAAUCUUCCUAAAAGUGAGAUAGAAUAUUUACUUUUUCAUUAGAUAAAGAUAUACGCUUGGUGUCUUAGGCAAAGUAUUAGGUGAUCUCAAAACAAGAACCUUUACAGAAGACAUCAUGUUUCUAUCUCUUACAUAUUGCAAGCAACAUAAAGUUUUCUAUGAGAAGGACUUAAAAAUCGUUAUUUACAUUUUAAGAUUUUUCUGGUUGCAAUAUGUGAGAGAUAUCAGCAUGCUGUCUUCGGCAAAGUUUAGUGUUGUUAGAACAUCUAAUAUUUUGCUUAUGGUACUGCGCUACAAAAAAGCAAGUAAUUCAUUUUACCAAUUCAAACAAAAACACGAACGAAUAAAAAACUUUAUUGUAAUUUAUUUGCAACUUUACAUCGAUUUUUUUAGUUUUUCUAUUUUUUUAGGUUUUUUAUUUUUUUAGGUUUUUAAUUUUUUUAGGUUUGUUCAGAAAAGUUUCAGGCAACUGAAUUAUCUAUCUAAAAAAAUGUUUUAAAAAACAGUGAUGAUCGAUUUUUUAUAGUCACUUUUUGUUUUCGAAAUUUUUUAUCAGUACAGGAUCUCAAAUUGAAUUUUUCAAAUAUUUUUUUUUAAAAGCUCAGACAGUUUUCUCAAAUUCAUCCCUAGACAACUUUUCUCUAUCUUUUGUCAUUAUUCAGAUAUAUCGAUUUAUGAGAAAAAACAACUGCAGCUUUUUUCAUAUGUUUGUACAGAUAAAUUUUUCAAGAAAGAUUAAAAUCGCUGAUUUUACGUAUUUAGUUAAUGAUUUAACAUCUUCAAUAAAAAUUUUUUUUUUUUAAAUUUCCCGAUUUUAUCACUUUCCCUAUUUUAUCACGCCAAAAUUCAUCAGGGUGAGAUAUAAUCAGGUGAUCACUGUAUUAUGUUCAGAAGAUAUUUAGUAUAUGGAAAACCUAGUAUUUAGAAAAGUUUGUUUGUUUUUUUGAGGAUGUACAAUGAAUUAUACUAGAUUUAUAUUUUUUGGCAAUAACUCGGUCUUAAUAGAAGCAAUCUUUUUUGGGUCUUCCACAAAGUUAUGUGCUUCAAUAAUAUGCAAUUAUAUACUGCACAUUGUUGCCUUCUAAGUGCUACAUUUUUUCAGAUGUUUGAAAAAGUUGAACUUUGUAAAAGGAUUCAUUUCUCUAAAGUGUGAGACUGAAAAGUGAAAUUUUGUGGCACCACCAUCGGCGGAGAUUUGAGGCUUUUCAAGUACUAAACAUCACCUGCACAUAAAUAGUAUGUCAAUAGAACAGUAUUUGCAGAGUAAAUGAAGACAGUUCACGAUUUCGAGCUCUUGUGCCACUGUGAUGUGAUGCAAUCACUAGAAUUAGUCGACAAAAUGAAAAAAGGGCAUUCCAAAAGCUCAAACCGGCAAAAAAUGAAAGAUUAUGGCUAUUCAACCAUUCCUAUGAAUUUUGGUGCCCCUAGCCAUUACCAAAACGCGUCAACUUACGUGAGAGUGUCGUAUAGAAAUUGAUCGCCGGGUUCGUCGCUUUAAUCUUAUGUUUUCGAGGAAACUCAUUUAAGGCUUUAAAAAAACGAUAAUAAUAAGGGACACCAAAAUUCACAGGAAUAGUUUGAAUACCUAUAAUUUUUUUUUUUGUUUUCCGGUUCUUUUUGAGUGAACCUGUGUUGACCACUAUUAUCAAUUUAAAUAAUCGGAUUUAAGCUUAACUUUUAAUAAUUUUUUACGGCUUUCACUGUCUUAAAAACCGUAUUUCGGUGAUUCUGAACAACAUUAGAAAUAUUUUUUUCCAUUUAACUGAACUGUUGUCCGUGUUAAGGUUAAUUUCUGAAUAAUUUUUCCAUUACAACUUCUGGUCGUGAGUAGCUUGUACCAGGGAUAAGCAUACUUAUAUUUUUGGUCUUAGUUUCCUAAUUCUGAAAAACGCUUCACAACAAUUCUCAGUUUAUGUUUUUUCCUCUUAGAUUUGUCUUUUAAAAAGGAUUUUUGAUAUAAAUGAAUAGUAAAGCGCUUUAUUCGAGAAAGUAUCUAUCUUUUAUCUCUCGUUGUUCAUAAUUUUCAACCGAUUCGAUUUUAAUUGUAACUUCCUGAAGCACUCUCUCUAGCGAUUCUGAGCUUACUCGAACAUUGUUCUCUUCUGAGGUGUUUAUUUCUUGUCUUGUUUUUCUGUAAUUUUUCUACUAAAUCUGAAAAGGUUCUAUCUCUUCUGAAUUUCGAAUAGUUUCCGGAGAUUCUUUUCUUCGACAGUGGUUUUUUUUCUGGUCUUCAGAGCAUUUUUUGACGGUUCUGAAAGCAGUCUGAGGUAAUAUUUAAGUCCAGUUUGACGUUUACUUCUUAUUUUUAGUAUACUGUGUAUCAUAUUUUUAUCAUAUUCUGUGCAGAUAUUUUUCGUUUUUUGGUAAAUUUGAGUUUGAUUUUACAUCAUCCUUCACAGCUUGUACUGGAAUUCGGAUAUAAAGUUUGAGGUCAAUUGCAAGUAGCUUGACUUUGAAGUCAUAUUUGUUUCUGAUAUGUAGAAUUUUUUUUAUUCGAAGCAUAAUUUCUAAACAUUUUCUUAAUAACCUCCUUUGGUCCCUAGAAUCGUGUCUCGGAGAUAAAUAUGUUUGAGGUUUUUCAAAUUUUUAAUACGUUUGUCAAUGGUUCUUAGCUUUAUGUCGAUUCUUUUUACGAAUUAUUACGAACGAAUUAAACUUUUAUUUAAAAUCGUUCUCUUCUCUGGCUUUCUGUUUCGCAAUAGUAUUUUUAAUGUGGAGUCAUUUUUGUUUCGCAGUUAAUUUGGUUCUCAUAAGCAUUUUAAUCGCAUAACAUAAAAACAGGGAGCGGAAUUGAAAAUUUUCCAUAUUUGACCAAUAAUGAAAACUGUCGAAGAAAUUUGUAUUACAAUUUGAAUAAAUCGCAGCUGACUCUUUAGUAAAGUUGGGGCAAAAACAAUCACAAAAUAAUCGAUGAUGUUCAGUUUUACUGUAGUUGUUCUCGAGUUUUUUUGAAGUCAAAUUGAUGGAAAUUAAAUAAUAUCAAAUUCUUUUAGCAACAGUAUAACCGUAAUUUUUCUAUUCGGUGAGUUAAAAAAUCUAGGUCACCCUAUUGUUUGCAUUUAUCUUAGUUUUCUUAGGAAAUUUGACAAAAAAUUAAAAAUUUUGAAGGAGGUAUAUUUUUAUUACUUUUAAGGAUAACUUUUUUUUAAAUUUUUGUCAGUAAAUAUAUCGAAUAUCAUCCUUGAUUGCGGUAACUUUUUUCAGUGGAGACGAUGGGAGUCUAAUAUUGAUAUGAAAAUACGAAUAUUUUUAACGUGCAAUUGCUCAACAAGAUAUUCCUAAGAAGCCAACUCAUUCAUGUUAGACACUCUUGCUACCUGUCUAGUCGGUUUGCGCAACAAUUUCAAAACAAGGCCCGGUUGUUUUUUCUUCAUUUUGAGACUGUUUAGAAUAAGUUUUACCAAGAAUGAAGAAGAGCUGUAGAAGUUUCAGACAAUAAGUCAAAAUAAAGAUGUUUUCGCCAUUAUAAUCAAUUGAACAGUUGUUUAGCAUAGCAAUUCGGUAGGCUGCAUUUCCGAAAUAAAAUAUAAUGCACUCAUAACGUGUUCUUUAUUCAAUUGAAUUUGUUGAAUUCUAUUGAACAACACCGUUUGUGUGUUCAGUUUCCACUAUGAAUUACAAAUGUGGUUUCACGCCGAAUUUCAUUUGAGCUCGAAACUCAAUUUAUUUACGAGACCAUGGUUUAUUGUGGUUAAUAUAUUGGAUAUGAACUAAUUAUCAAAAACGUCAACACCCUUAUAAUCCACCCCCCCCCCCUCCUUCCCUGCUCCAGCUAACAAAGAUAAACUAAUUCAAAUCUACGCAGUUACUCAAACCACAACCCGAUGUUUAUUUCAGUUUCCGAUACCGAGAAAAAAAAAAGAAUUCGACAAUCCGCAUCAGCGUUUAAUAAUUUCACGUUAGCCGCCGUUUGAUCGUUGAUUGAUUAAUUUCCAACCCAUCAUGGGCAGUAGUUGUUUGGUGCGAUUUCGUAAGCCCUCAUAUUAACUGCACGAGCUCAUCACGUACUUUUUGCAAACAUACUGGCUAAUUAAUAUGCGAGUGCAUGCAUGCGGAUGUGUGUGCGUGUGUGUCUGUGUGCGAGUGUGGGCGUCCGUGCGAACUUUCUUUAUUGGCAACGUGUCAACUUUCGGCUGCUGAUUGUAUUUGGGCUUUCAUGUCGAAUUCGUUUUCACUCGAUUUCGGAGUGCCACGCACGAACGCAACCGCGAAAGUGGGAACAACGUGGCGAAGGAAGAAGGGUGGGGAUGGAAAAGGCGAAACACCAAAAAUCAGCGCUCGCCAACACUCUCUCGCCCGUAGCCGGCCGGGCCGAACGCACUGUAAUGAAAUUUAUACGAGUAUUCAAUUUUUAAUUUAAUCGCCGUUAAUUGAAUUUUGAAUUCGCGCCGAAUUGGGCAAAAAGCAGACAUGGGGGGAUCGAAUGCCAAAUAAAACAUUCUCACAUACACAGUCACACUCAGUCAACAAUACUGAUAUAAUGAAAGCCGGCGUGUGGGCAGCAAACGAGCUCCCAGCGAGGCGCGGACGGGCGACACGUUGUGAAACAGGUAAAACUAUUAAAAUAAUCACAAUAAAUGAGUAAAAUGCAUUAAGAACGUGAACAUGCACGCGCAGUCAGGAGUUGUAAUGCCAGAUCAUGGAUUGUAGGCAAGCGAGAGAGAAAACAAAAAUCACCCCGAAAUGAAAAAAAAAAAUGUAAAACCACGUGCACUAAAGCGCGCUCGCGAGCACAGUCGAAGAAAAAAACGCAUUAAAAAGGCAUUGAAAUGAAUAAUGAAUUAUGAUAAUUAAAAAUAAUUGUAAUAAAAACUGAUAUAUUUUACAUUAACAA